UCUUUCGUCAUUCAUUGCUUAAGUUUUAUUGUAUUGAAAUAUAACAAAUUUUGUCCUUCAACAUUGCUGUUAUGUGAUUAUACGUUUUAAAAACAGCACAAUUGAUCAUAAAUCAAAUCAAUUUGAUGAAUCAGUUAUUUUAUUGAAUACGUUGUAAACAGUGCAAGCAGUGCUAUCUAGUUAGUGCGAAGUUUUUGUUUUAUUUUAGAAAAAAUGAAUUUAGAGAUUAAUAGAUUGAAUACUUUUUCAAACUGGCCCAUGGGAGCCCCAGUAGAUCCGAUACCAAUAGCGAAGGGGGGCUUCUUUUAUACUGGGCAAGGUACAGAGGUGGAGUGUUUUAGUUGUGGUGGAAAAAUUUCGCAGUGGAAUUACGGUGAUCAAGUGAUGAUGCGACAUCGGCGGAUGGAUCCCAACUGUCCAUUCGUGGUGAACCCGCAGAUGGCGGGGAACGAGCCACUCGUUUUAGAUCGCGCGUUCACCACCCAGUCAGCCGCAGUUCCUGUGUCUGCUCCUGUCCCUGAUGAGCUUGUGACAAACUCGCAAGACGCUGGGCCGACUGAAGAGGAUGAAAUGUAUAAAAGUGAUGCUCUCAGGCUGCUAUCUUUUAUCAAUUGGCAGGAUGAUUCCAUAUCCCGAGAAGCACUGGUCAAUGCGGGGUUCUACCAUGCCGGUGAGGGACGGCUGCGCUGCGCCUGGUGUGGGGGAGAGUUGGCUCCUUUUAGAAAUCUUGGCUCUUUGGGAGCACCUGUAGAUAUACAUCGGAGGUAUUUCCCGCGGUGCGAUUACGCUCUCCGACUAGAUAAUGCGUAUCGCGCGUCCAACAUAUCGCCGCCAUUCUCGCCACCACACACCCCCCAGGUGGAGUCUCCACGGAACUCCGUAAUGUCUGAAGGCGCACUCCACAACUCACGUCUACUAGCGCGAAACGGCCAGAACUGUACCCAACUAGGCGUGGUAGGAGUGUCUGGGCCCGGCGUGCAGCACCCCGCGCUGGCGAGCCUGGCCGCGCGCCUGGCCACGUUCGCGGAGUGGCCGCGGGGCCGGCCGCAGGGACCAGACACCCUGGCCGAGGCGGGAUUCUUUUACACCGGACAGGAUGACCAAGUGUGCUGUUUCUACUGCGACGGCGGGCUGGGGAAGUGGGAGGCGAGCGACGAGCCGUGGGCGGAGCACGCGCGCUGGUUCCCCGGCUGCGGCUUCGUGCAGCUCGUGAAGGGCGCGGACUUCGUGGCCCAACACCGAGCCGGCCAGCUGCCACCGCGGGCGGUAAGUACGUGGGCGGAGCACGCGCGCUGGUUCCCCGGCUGCGGCUUCGUGCAGCUCGUGAAGGGCGCGGACUUCGUGGCCCAACACCGAGCCGGCCAGCUGCCACCGCGGGCGGUAAGUACGUGGGCGGAGCACGCGCGCUGGUUCCCCGGCUGCGGCUUCGUGCAGCUCGUGAAGGGCGCGGACUUCGUGGCCCAACACCGAGCCGGCCAGCUGCCACCGCGGGCGGUAAGUACGUGGGCGGAGCACGCGCGCUGGUUCCCCGGCUGCGGCUUCGUGCAGCUCGUGAAGGGCGCGGACUUCGUGGCCCAACACCGAGCCGGCCAGCUGCCACCGCGGGCGGUAAGUACGUGGGCGGAGCACGCGCGCUGGUUCCCCGGCUGCGGCUUCGUGCAGCUCGUGAAGGGCGCGGACUUCGUGGCCCAACACCGAGCCGGCCAGCUGCCACCGCGGGCGGUAAGUACGUGGGCGGAGCACGCGCGCUGGUUCCCCGGCUGCGGCUUCGUGCAGCUCGUGAAGGGCGCGGACUUCGUGGCCCAACACCGAGCCGGCCAGCUGCCACCGCGGGCGAGGCCCGGUGACAGAUCAGUUAACAAUAGACAACGCAAUCCAUCAGUAAAUUUUCCAGUCAAUGAGAGCCAGGUAGAGGAACAAAUGGACUCUCAACAGGCGCUGGUCGCUUUAGGUGCAGGUUUGGACGCGGCGCGGGUACGACGCGCUAUUCGACGCCGGUUGCAGACCACUGGGUUGCCGUUCACGUCAUCGGAGGCGCUGAUUGACGCGGUACUGGACGAGCAGCUAAACGAAGAGAGUUGGGGAGUGACCACCAACCAGCGGUUCGCUAGAGAUAUCCUCGCCGAAGCGCUGAGGGAGUUUGCUCCUGCUGCUGGAUUAAUACCAUCACCAGACUGCGACCAAACAUCUCAGUCAGAAAGUUCCUCGCGAUCGCGGACGCCCAACGAACCUCAACCCAGCCAAGAAGUUAUAGUAGCACAUGCUGAUACUAGUCAAACUGCCAGAGACCCUGUCAGGCUAAACAGUAGAGUUAGCAAUGACAGUGAUAGAACUGACAGAGUGGAAAGUGAGAAGGAAACCAGUCCGGUGAGGAAGAAAUUGUCUUUGGAGGAGGAGAAUAGGCAGCUGAAGGAAGCGAGGCUGUGCAAAGUGUGUAUGGAUAGUGAGGUGAGCGUGGUGUUCCUGCCGUGCGGGCACCUGGUGUCGUGCGCGCGCUGCGGCGCGGCGCUGGCGUCGUGCCCGCUGUGCCGCGAGCCCGUGCGCGCGCUUGUACGCGCCUACCUCGCGUGACGUCACCAGGUGAGUGUGUGUCAGGUGAGCGUGGUGUUCCUGCCGUGCGGGCACCUGGUGUCGUGCGCGCGCUGCGGCGCGGCGCUGGCGUCGUGCCCGCUGUGCCGCGAGCCCGUGCGCGCGCUUGUACGCGCCUACCUCGCGUGACGUCACCAGGUGAGUGUGUGUCGGGGAGCGUG